AUGUCUGUAGGCUCAGAUUCUCAGUCCAGCUCGCAGCAUCUCUCCUCGACUCACGCCUCCCUCACUCAAUCGAACAAGAGAACGUCAUCCGAGAUCUCCAAAAUCUACAAGCAUGCCUCGCAAUUAUUUCUUACUCGAAGAUUGGUAGAGGCGUACGAAGCAUUACAGCCAGUUGUCACUCCCCCAGAGAAGACUCGACCAGAUGAUAGUCCUGCCCAAGCACCGAUCGCCACUGCGACAACUAGUCAGCGCAUCAAGAUUUGGAGCUUGUACGUCACUGUAUUGAACUCCAUCGUAGACGUUGGAUCUGAAGAAGGAAAGAAGUUAUUCGGGCAGAGAGAAUACAGGGAUAUCGUUCGAAAGGUUCAAAAUGGUGAUAUUUGGGAGCAGGUGGUCAAGGAUGGCUAUCAGGGCCGCGAAGGCUCGGUAGACGCGGAGGUCGUCUAUAAUUUGUCCAAUAUACUCCUUGGGCAAGCCCCUGACCAAAAACGCAACCAAACGCGGCUGGAAACCUACCUUUCAUCAUCUUCAUAUCCUGAGCUCGACCUCUCGACCCAGCUCAACACUGCCCUUAGCAAUGGCCGACAACCUGGUUUGAACGGAACAAAUACACCAAAGGAUCUAACCUCCCGAAUUAAGAUACUCGAACUCUUUACCCUCCAUGUCCUCCCCCGCAAUGAUGAAUGGGAUUACGCGAAAAGUUUCAUCUCUAAUAGUGACAUCCUAGACGAGGAACGUCGCGAGGCGUUUAUGCAGACUCUCCAAGAGCUUCAAGAAGCGACCGAGCAAGAAAAACUCGGAUAUGCAAAUGAGGAUGUGUGUGCAGAAGAAAUGCAGCAGUCACAGGAAUCGGUGGUCGGUCCGGGGGCUUCCCUUGAGCCUCCAUCUCAGUCAAGAGGUGCUUCGAAACAUCAGAGAACAAGCAGCGAGGUCGACUAUGGCAUCGAAAAAGAACAUCCGAGUGGCGGCCGAGCUCCGUUCAAACCCGAAAAUGGCACGUCCACGAAGAGUUCGAACGAUGCUCCCUUCACUAGAGUUCCUCCUCAGCCAGUUCCUUCAUCUGCAACACCGCGCUCUCCUCCUCGGCCGGCCGAGGCGGGCCGACAUCAACUCUCUCCUCCCGCACAAACGCCAAGACGUCCCACUCGCAGACCGAAGGCCUCGAAUCAAAACACCAUGCUCGCGCAAGCCCGGCAGUUAUUCCUGGCGCUCUCGAACUUGGCCCACAAUUUGGCCAGUACGGUUUCCAAGAAUCCUACCACAUUCUUGAGGUUCUUGCUUUUCGUGUUGAUGUUUGUAAUGGCAUUCAGCCAAAGACAAGUAAGAGAGAAGACGAAGAAGAUGUUGAACAAGAGCUGGGAGAAAAUCAAGGGAACCGUGGGAAUGGGGGUCAAGGUUAGUUAUAUUUGA